ACUCCGUAGCCAUUCAAGCAGGGUCGCAGAAAGGCGGAAGGGUGUGUGGGAAUAAAAAGAUCAUCCUAAGACCGGGGAUGUCUGGACGCCCUGGCAGGCUCUGUGUUCCUGGAGCCUGCGCGCACUCGGGCCGGUGCUCGGUGUGGAGAGCGAAGACUCUCCACCUGGGGCAGUCACUCUCAGAAGGAGGUGAUUUCGAAGAGACUUGCUGCAGCCUGGAGCACCCCAGAAUCCCAGGUGGGCCCUCAAGAACCGGCUAGGAUUUGGACAGUCAGAACUGUUGGCAGGAUCUGAGGCAGAGUUACUCCCAAGAGAUGCCCUGCGCGGGUGGUGCUGCGGAGAGACUGGGGGUAGCCCAGAGCUUACCGCCCCCGGGUUGCAGUCCAAAAACCAGCUGGGAAUACGAAUGGCCCGUUCCUUUACCCAGCUAACAACAAAAACAAAACCCAGAUCUCUGGCGAUAUUGUCUGCAUGUGCCAAGCCAGUCAUUCCAGAUCGGGCUUGUAGGCACCAUCUCAGAAGUUUAUCGCGUUUGCUCCGGCCCGGGAAAGGAACAAUGCUAGGAAAAGUCACCGGCGUUCUUCCAUCCUCGCCCUAGCCAGCGCGCAGGAUGUGCGGGCCGGCCGGCCUGUGAUCCCCGAGCGCUUCCUGCCAUCCCCCUUGCGCGAACUUGAAAGGGCCGGGGAGGUGUUGAGAGCAGAGUUCAGGGCCGGUGCGGGGGAGGCGGCGCGCGCCGGGCGCGGGGCGCUCGGACCGGGAGAUCUGACGUCGCCCGGCUGCGGAGGAGGGAAAGGGGGUGGCAGGCUGGCGCCUUGUGUGCCCCCCACCCCCCACCUGAAGGGGCUCAUCCGCUGUCUCCUCUCCUGGGGUCUCUGCAAGCCUCGGGUAGGGCUGUUGAGAGCCCCCUGAGACUCGGUUUGUGGGUCAGUCUUCUGGGGGACCCGGCUAGCCCAAAAAGAGGAGUCUCCGGGCGCGUUAGAGUCCCACGGCGUGAAGGUGUCUCAGUUUAAAAUGGUGAAUUACUCCUAUGAUGAAGACCUGGAGGAGCUCUGUCCCGUGUGUGGAGAUAAAGUGUCUGGGUACCACUAUGGGCUUCUCACCUGUGAGAGCUGCAAGGGUUUUUUUAAGCGAACAGUCCAAAAUAAUAAAAGGUACACAUGUAUAGAAAACCAGAACUGCCAGAUUGACAAAACCCAGAGAAAGCGUUGUCCUUACUGCCGGUUUCAGAAAUGUCUGAGUGUUGGAAUGAAGCUGGAAGCUGUGAGGGCCGACCGAAUGCGGGGAGGAAGGAAUAAGUUCGGGCCCAUGUACAAGAGAGACAGGGCCCUGAAGCAGCAGAAGAAAGCCCUCAUCCGGGCCAACGGACUGAAGCUGGAAGCCAUGUCUCAGGUGAUCCAGGCCAUGCCCUCGGACCUGACCAUCUCCUCGGCCAUCCAGAACAUGCACUCUGCCUCCAAGGGGCUCCCUCUGAACCACGCUGCCUUGCCUCCCUCGGACUACGACAGAAGUCCCUUUGUAACGUCCCCCAUUAGCAUGACGAUGCCACCUCACGGCAGCCUUCCAGGUUACCAAACCUACAGCCACUUUCCAAGCCGGGCCAUCAAGUCUGAAUACCCAGACCCCUAUACCAGCUCCCCCGAGUCCAUCAUGGGCUAUUCCUACGUGGACGGCUACCAGACGAGCUCCCCGGCCAGCAUCCCACAUCUGAUCCUGGAACUUUUGAAGUGUGAGCCCGAGGAGCCGCAGGUGCAGGCCAAGAUCAUGGCCUACCUGCAGCAGGAGCAGGCGAACCGGAGCAAACACGAGAAGCUGAGCACGUUCGGGCUGAUGUGCAAGAUGGCCGACCAGACGCUCUUCUCCAUCGUCGAGUGGGCCAGGAGUAGUAUCUUCUUCCGAGAACUAAAGGUUGACGACCAGAUGAAACUGCUGCAGAACUGUUGGAGUGAGCUGCUCAUCCUGGACCACAUUUAUCGGCAAGUGGUGCAUGGCAAGGAAGGCUCCAUCUUCCUGGUUACCGGGCAACAAGUGGACUACUCCAUAAUAGCUUCGCAGGCAGGGGCCACCCUCAACAACCUCAUGAGUCACGCCCAGGAGCUGGUGGUGAAGCUGCGUUCUCUACAGUUUGACCAGCGGGAGUUUGUGUGUCUGAAAUUCUUGGUGCUCUUCAGUUUAGAUGUCAAAAAUCUUGAGAACUUCCAGCUGGUGGAAGGGGUCCAGGAGCAAGUCAACGCCGCCCUCCUGGACUACACUGUGUGCAACUACCCCCAGCAGACAGAGAAGUUCGGGCAGCUGCUGCUGCGACUUCCGGAAAUCCGGGCCAUCAGCAUGCAAGCUGAAGAAUACCUCUACUACAAGCACCUGAACGGGGACGUGCCCUACAAUAACCUCCUCAUUGAGAUGCUGCAUGCUAAAAGAGCCUAAGUCGCAGGAGCUCUGUGAAGGGAGGGGAACAGCAACAAGAGGGGAAUCGUUUCAAGAAAAAUACUCUGAACUGCUCCAAGCCACACUCAUGGGAAGCUUGGUUGAGAGACGGUGACUUGGCAAAGGCAUAAUAAUCAGAUACUUACUAGCGAAUAAAUGAUGUAUCAGGGUAUUUGUAUUGCAAACUGUGAAUCAAAGGCUUCCCAUCCCCAAAGGAUUCCACGUAAGAGGCGUUGGGAGGGAACGGACUGAACUCACAGGCGGAUGCUGACACUGUCAGAAUAGAAAUGGACAGAACGUUCUUGUACAUUUAAAUUGAUCUCCGCUAUGAAGAAAUGUAGGAACCCAUCUGUAUAUCAGCCAGGCAUGUACAGCGUUGGGCGAGGGGGGGGCUCUGGGAUCACAGGCCGCCUCCAAGGGACAACUGGACUGGUCUCUCCGGGAAGCUGCACCUGCAGCAGCCCGUCGUGUGCCCUGGGAGCUCAGAAUUCUCCACCAGGGCCUACAUUCGACCAAACGCUUAGUAGCAGCUCCACCUGAUCGCGAAAAGCCUAGACUCAACUGUACCCUGGACCGCAAGCAGCCCAGAACAGCCUGUUUAAUACGUUAGCGUGCCACCUACAAGAUGCUCUUGGGUUGAUUUUUGUCAUGCGUUCCGUGAUGUUAACAAGCAAACAGUGUCCCUCUUCUGUGUUAACAUGAGCAUUCAUUCAUUUGAAGGGAAAUGACUGCAAACUGCGAAAGCACACGCUCCCCAGCCAAACCAAGUGACACCUUAUUUCCACUACCGUUGUUGAAAUGUGUGGCUUUGGCACUGUUGGAUUUCAUUAAAAAUAAUAGUCAUUUCUGGCCCAAAGGCUUAUUAGGAUGCAUCAGUCUUUCUAAUCAUCAAG